UUAUAUUUUGAAUUCAUUAAUAAGUUAUUCUUAAUUUAGUGUCUGUAUGCAAAUAUUAUAACUGCAGGAAUUUAAUUUGAAUUGCAUAAAAGUUUUGAAAUAGCUGCCGUGGCAUCAUUGAUCUAAAAACAGUGGUGAAGAAAUUCUUGUUUCUUUUCUGGAGCUAUCACAGUGCCAAUAUUUGUCCCUGACUCUCCAGUGUUAUACAUGUACACUGUUUAUUGAAAAUAUACAUGAUACAUGUACUGUAAGUUUUACUACCGGUAAGUCCUGAGAAAAAAAGUCAUUCUCAUUGCUACAGAACCUUGCAGUAUUUACAGUGUAAAUAUAGGUGUAGUUUCCUCUAGCCAAGACAUCCCAGGUAUGUUUUACUAAAUGAAGAUAAAUCAUUAAGUGAUAGAGUUGUGUCCCUUUGUUAUGAGCUGUGGGCAGUGCAUUGAUUGAUCACUAGGUGGUGUGCUGUCUGUGGGGAGGUGAGGGCAGAUUGUUUUUACUGGCUCGUCUGUGUGUAGCUCUGUCACCAUGCAAUUCACUCAAGGAUUAAACAGAGGUGAUCUAAAUGCUUCAGAACCCAGACUACAAUCCUCAUGUCGUGGUCAGUAAUAUGCUGUUAUGUCACAGAGUACCUCACCUGACCAGGCAUCUUCCUCUUCUGACUCUAAGUCCGAUGAUAGUUUCCCUGUAAAAGAACCAACUUCUGUUUCCAAGCCAUUGCCAAAAGAGGGGCGUCGCCAGCUUCCUCCAAUACCCAGCCCUGACACAAAGCUCGCAAUGGCAUCAGAAAUCAAACAGAGGCAGAAUAAUAUGCCCAAGAGUGGAUCCAAUGGGCACGGGCAACUUUUUACUGAGUACAAACUUAUGGCAGAGUAUAAUUUAUUGACGACCCACAAGUGUCCUGGUUGUUACGUGGUUCCCUCUGCCUUAACCCCUCUGAUUUGGCAUGGUGUGUUAUUCAUCAGACAGGGACUGUAUCAAGAGGGAAUUUUCCGAUUUAUUCUAACCAUUCCUGAGAAUUUCCCUGAUGGAGAUUGUCCUAGUCUAGUCUUUUCCUUCCCUGUCUUUCAUCCAUUGGUGGACUCCAGCACUGGAGAAUUAGAUGUCAAGAGAGCUUUUCCCAAAUGGAGAAAAAGUGCAAACCAUAUAUGGCAGGUGUUGCUGUAUGCCCGCCGUGUUUUCUACAAGAUUGACACUAAACUACCCUGGAACAAGGAAGCCGCUUCACUAUAUGACAAUGAGCCAGAAGCCUUCAGGAAGGAAGUAUUAAAAACAGUCAGCGCCAGUAAAGAGAAGAUAGAUGAGCCAGUCAAAUCAGACGACCCACAUAUACUCAGGUUCACACCCCUUGACCCUAGUGUUCAUGAAGAAGUGAGAAAAAAGAUGAUGAGUAUGCAGGUCAGUCAAAAUGAACCGGGGGGAGUUAAACCAGGCCUAUCCUGGAUGAAGCCAGGAAGUGUUCAGAUUUUUGCCAGGGAGGAUUCGGCUUCAGCAUGAACCUGGCAGUUAAAUCUCCUAUUGUUUUGGAGAGUUCAGAGAGUACAAGACAGUGACUUGUGUGCGUGUGACAUUUACAUGAUUAUCAUGCUGCAAUGAAUCAAUACUCUUGAGUGAACCAUUGUGAGUUUACAAGCAACAGAACUAUGGUAUUUCUAACCUAAAAAUGGUGCUCAUCUAACUUUUGUGUGAAUUUAUUUCUGCAAAAAUGUUAAAAACUUGAAUUAAGACGGAUUUUUUAAAGACAUUGUUUAAUAUGAAUGUUGGCUAUGAGUAAAUCUGUGCAUGUGGUUUUUGUUAGAAGAAAUUUUUAUGUUUAAAUUAAUUAUGAUUGGUAUUUUUUACUAAAUUAUUUAAUUGAAAGGUUGAUACACAUGUACUUUCAGGAAAAUUUUGUGAAUGAGAGUACAUAUUUAUUUGUAUUACAACGUUUGUAAAAAAAAAAAGUGAGAAUUAUUUAUCGCUCUUUUAUAUGAGGAACUUGAUUUAGAAACUUGAAAUAAUCUGGGUUAUUUUAAAUGUAUACUAUAUUUUGAGAAAGGAUUCAAAUAAUUUACAUUUGGAUUUAUUGGGUUUAAAAAAUCUUAUAAUCAUUCAUGUGUUAUUAACUGCAAAAAAUGCAAUUUUUGUACUACCAACAAAUUUUGCUUACUUUGUAACCAAUAAAUAUACAAAGUUAAAAUACAUUGUACUGAAGUUGUAAACUUUUGCACAGUACACAAUGUAUUGGUGGUACACACAUGUAAUUGUUGUGAAACAUUUUUUUUUCAACCUCAAGGUUUGUGCCAAAACCACAGUGUGGAUCAAAGCAUACACGAUCCCUGAAUUUUUUUCCAAGCUACUUUAACUAUGAAAUGGAACCUUGGCUAACUGAUAAAAAUAUUCUUUUAGCAUAUUUCAUGGGAAAUCUAAACUCUUCAAUUCCUGAUUUUAUUUACCACAUAAUGAUAGUUAUAUACUGGUCCAUGUAAUUCAUAAAUAAUUGUCCACUUGAAAUUUACACAAUCAGUUUUCACAAUCAACAAAAUCCCCCCUCCCACUUUACCUGGUAAGUGAAAGUUUAUUUUAAUUAUUAGGCCCUGCAAUUACAGCAUUCAAAUCAACAGCCUUGUACAUAUGAGUGAACAAAUUAAAAACCUCCAAACUUAAGUAGACUUGUGGUUUUGGGAAAUUCAUCACACACCCUUUGUUGUUUUACACAAAACUGCCUGAUUAAAGGGGGAUAACCUACUUUUAAAAUAGCAUUUUUUAAUUUGCCCACUGAUGUGAAAUUGACAAUCACUAGUGAAAUCUAUAUAAGUAGGAUAACGAAGUAAAGUAAAACAAUGGUCAUCCAUAAUCUUAUUUGCAGACAAAAAAAAAAAAACCACACCAUUCAAAAACCCUUUAAUCAGUUUGGUGAAUGUUUGGGCAAGUCAUUUGCCCUUUGCAAUAGAUUGCUUUGUGAUGGUAAAUUUCAAGCUACAGGUGUACAGCAUGUUUUUCUAUAUCAUAUGUAGAUUGUUUCCUCUUUUUUCAUUUUGAAAAGAAAAUGUUGUGAAUGUUAUGCACUUUUUACUGUUUCAUUUGUAAGAUUACUCAUUGAACAUAUCAAAUAUUCUAUGAACUUUGAAAUAAAACUGAUUUAUAUAUUUGAA